GCCUCACUUCUUGCCUGGACUGCCUCCGCCCCACAUGGUAGGCCUCACCUCUCCUUUCUCCGUCUCCUCCUGUCCUGUCUGGUCCUGUUGAGUCCUGUCCGAUUACUGUGCACCGAGGGGUGUGUCCCAGGCCUCGUUGGGCUGUCCUGGUCGUCCUAAGUAGAGAGGGAGUUAUCAUCGAAGCCACACAGGAAAGGAAACUGAGGCCCAGAGAGAAGCCUCCCCAGGCUCAUGUGCAGGAGGAUGCUCCCUGGGUCCUUCCUGCUCUGCCUUCCACUGCUGCUCCAGGCCAGGCUGAGCCAGGCCUGCCCCAUGGGGUGUGACUGCUUUAAGCGGGAGGUGGUGUGCACGGCGGAGGAGAUAGUAGACAUACCGCAGGGCAUCCCUGAGAAUGCCACCGAGAUCAUCUUUGUGGAGACCUCGAUGCUGAGCCUUCGGCCCCGGGCCUUCAGCAACACCAGCAGUUUGUCCAAGGUGGUCUUCCUUAACACCAAGAUCCAGUCUGUGCAGCCAGAGGCCUUGGCGGGGCUGCCUGGGCUCUGGGACCUGGAGAUCACGGGCAGCCCCCUGGUGGGGCUGGGGGGCGAGGCCUUCAGGAACCUGACCGGCCUCCACAGACUCACGCUCAACUUCAACACUCUGAAGGUGCUUCCGGCCGACCUCUUCCAGGGCCUGGGCACCUUGGAGGCCCUUCACCUGCAAGGUAACCAGCUGCAGACGCUGCCCGCAGCCAUCUUCCAGCCCCUGGAGGCCCUGAGCCUCCUCAACCUUGCCCAGAACCACCUGCGGCAGAUCUCUGCGCAGCUGCUGGCCCCCCUGGCCGGCCUCCGGGUCCUAAAGCUCAGCGAAAACGCCCUGGCCACGCUCCCGCCUCGGGCCUUCUGGGGCCUGGCCAGCCUCCAGGAGCUGCUUCUGGAUAGUAACGGGCUCACGGAGCUCCCCGCGGACGCGUUCUCGGGGCUGUGCGCCCUGGAGAAGCUCUGGCUGCAGCACAACGCCAUCGGCCACCUCCCUCCGGCCGUCUUCUCUUCCCUGGGCAACCUGACCUUCCUGAACCUGCAGGGGAACAGGCUGCGGGCGCUCCCCAGCGGCCUCUUCGAGCAGAUGCCCAAGCUGGCCAGGCUCUUGCUGUCGGACAACCAGCUGGAGGAAGUCUCGCCGGGCGUGUUCAGAAACACCUCGGAGCUCAGCGUCAUCACCCUGGCCCGUAACAACCUUCGCAGUCUCCCCCCAGGGCUCUUCGACCACGUGCCCAGGCUCACCACGCUCUACCUGGGCAGCAACAACCUGACGGCCCUGGACGGGCAGCUCUUCCGCAACCUGACCCAGCUGGAGCUGCUCAGCCUUGCCCACAACCGGCUGACCACCCUCCCCGAAGGCAUUUUUGAGAACAACUUUGGGCUGUUUAACCUGGCCCUGCACGGCAACCCCUGGGUGUGUGACUGCCGCCUGGCCUACCUCCUGAACUGGCUCCGAGAGUAUAUCGACCGCUUCUUCAAUCUUCAGACCUACUGUGUGAGCCCCUAUUACUUAAAGGGACAGGUGCUGCCAGCGCUAGAGGUGGAGCAGCUGGUGUGCCCAGUGCCUCUGGAUCCCCACAGGGUCCGAUCUUUGGUGUUGGAGAAGGAGGAGGCAGGCAGCAGCUGGGACUUGGCUGAGGAGGAUCGGGCCCCCACCCGGUGCACCUACAGCAAUUUAGAUGGAACAGUGGUGCUGGCUUGUGACCAGGAGGUCUGUCGAUGGCUCCGUGUCCAGCUGUCUCCCAGGCAGACCUCCUGCACGCCCGGCCUAACUUUCAAUUCCACUCAGGAGUGGAUUUUGAAAUCGAGUUGUGGCUCAGUCCAAGUCACUCUCUCCAUUAAUGUCCUCGACGGGGGUGGGGGUGACUAGAGAGAGGCCAGAGAUGGUCCCACGCCAGGGGCCAAGUAAGAGGGUUUCCUAGGAAACCAGGAAAUAAAAGCAGGAAAUAAAGGGCACCAUUGAUGA